CCGCGCUCAACGGCCCGAUGCGUUUAAUUGAGCCAGUGGAAUAAUUUUUCAUUUUGCAUUCGACGACGGGGCUGGUGCGCGCGCGUCGUCGCUCGAGAUGCCCGCGACCUUGACCGACGGCCCGACGGACGUUCCUCUCCCCACGCCACCCUUUGACGAUAUUCCACAGCUCAAGACGUUUGAACGCGUCGUGAAGAUCGAACUGGACAACGUCCACGGAUGCGAAGAACAGUUUCUCCGCGCGUCCACCGGGCUCUCGGCGGAAAUGAAAGACCUCGGCCACAAGUACGGCCAAGCAUACUUUUCAUUUCUCCUCUCUGGCGCCCUGUCCCCGUCGGCGAGACUUGCCGACCUUACACGCGAUGAAGUCAUGGACCUCGCCACAGACAUCGUGCAUCGCAUGGUGAGCUCCCUGGACAAGUAUGCCCCGUAUGUCCUCCGACUGUCCUGUGCGUAUAUCCUGCGGGAGUUUGAGGCAGCGUUCCCCAACAGUACCCGCGGCACAACGAUUGUAGUCGGAGGCUGCAUUUUCCUCCGACUGAUCUGUCCAACCUUGAUCAAACCGGAAUUGAUGGGCUUUGAACCGCACACCCCCCGGUCGCUUCCAAACGCCAUUCUCCUCGCCAAGCUGCUUCAACAUGCAAUGCGGGGCACUCACUUCGACGUGGCGUCCGACGAGAUGUACUACGCGAACUCGUUCGUGGCGAAGACCAAAGACUUAGUCGCUGCCUACUUGCGAGCGUUCCCGAGCACCAAGAACGACCUCAACUUGAAGAAGGUUGAAGUGAUGACCGAGAACCGACAGCUCGAUAGCGAAGUCCGUGCGGGCGACAUGCCGUGCCUCGACCCACCCAUGCCGCUAUCGUUCCAUCGAAGGACGUCGGGGUCGCUAUCCUGGCAUUCCAAGAGCCCGAAUCAUGCUUCGUCCUCGUCUUCAUCAUCGUCAACGUCGUCUUUUGACGCGAGUCCAAAGCGGCGGUUCAGCCUACGCAACCUCUUCAAGACCAGGUCCUCCGAGCAACACGUUGCCAAUGGCCCAGCCACCUCCAUUGCAUCCCCGCCGCUGUCGCCCGCGCACCGAUGUCGUCACUGCGGCAAGUGACCACCCGACACGAUAGACCCAACCCUCCCCCAUAUUUAUUCCUCGAAUCCACCGAUGUUCCUCCGGAUACGAAUAGGUUUCCGGAUACCUCGACACCCCACAUGGUUUGGUGUAGUAAACACGCGUUUUUUCUC